CCGUGCUAUACCGCUAUUUGGCUUUUGGGUUUACCCGACCGUCGUCCAUUUUUUCGCUCUGAAAUUCUAAUUUCUCGGUCUUGAAUAUCUCUCGAUUAUAAUUUCUGGGAAUUUUUUACUUCAUUGGUUGAACUUGAACCAUCCUUAGAGCUAAAUUCUCGAGCUAUAUAAUCAAAAGGGUCUAGCUGUUUAUUGAAUUAAUUUUUUUUUUAUUUGGAAAUGGACCAUCUUAGGAGAUCAGCAGUGUCGCUGAGGAGCAGAUGCAAUGGUCUCUUGGAAUGCCAAAAUGGGUUGUCUUCACUUUUGGAGCGGAAGCCUGUUAAGCGUGUAUCUGAUGCGGGCUUGCCUGCUUUUUCAUCAUCCAUGGCUGCACAGAAGACUUCAUUUGGUAAUUCGACCAAAAGGUUUCCAGUGGCAUUUAAGUCAGGUUAUGGGAGACAACCUACUGCUGAUGCCAACCAUAGGACCAUGGAGAUGCUUCAUGCUAAUGGAAAUACUGUUCUUCGUGGAGGGCACCUUGAUAAGGAAUGCAUGGUUCGUCAUGGAUCACAAUACCAACUCAUGAAAAUCCAUGGAGCAAACACUGUUAAUCCUUGCUAUGCUAGAUCAUUUGCUUCAAAAGCUUCCAAGCAAACAGAGGAAAGAACAUCUGAGACUAGAAAAGAGGUAUCUACGGUUGAGGAUCCCUUCGAUGCUCCUACGUAUAAUAUUCCAGAGAAGCCUGUGACAUUUGCAGAGGGGGCAUCCUACAGUAUUAUUAUUCUUGCAGGACUUGGAGUUGCGGCUGCUGCAGGUUAUGCCGUUUUCAAGGAACUGAUAUUUGAACCAAAAGAGUACAAGAUUUUUAACAAGGCUCUCAAAAGGAUUCAAGAUGAUGCUCAGGUCAGGGUGAGGAUUGGAUCCCCUAUUACAGGUUAUGGUCAGGAAAGUCGAAAUCGUGCUGCUCGCCAACGUAUUCCCAAUAAGAUCUACACUGAUGAAGAUGGCGUGGAGCAUGUACUGGUCAAUUUUUAUAUUCGUGGGCCACAUGGAGCCGGCAAAGUUUCUGCAGAGAUGUUUAAAGACAGGGUGGACAAGCAAUGGAAAUACACAUACUUGAUUGUCCAGAUUAUGCAACCCUCCCAAUCGCAAUUGAUUCUAGAGUCUUAUAUGCCGGCACCUACCAUGGUGCCUUCAUAAAAGACGUGUACAACUAUUCCAAGUUUACAAGUUACAAAGUUUUGGUUGUACCAAUUUACUGCACAUUAUAUUCAUGACUAAUUCUUACCAACAGUCAUGCAAAAUUUCUGAAUUUUUCUAUAUAAAAGAGGUUUUGUCUUA